UUCCUUUCAAAACCUCAAGCUUAGCUCAACUUUGAUCGAGAGGAUUAUCUUCCCUUUGAUCACCUUUGACCCAGCCCAUAUUCAAUCAAACCGCGCAAUCAUGUCAAUUACCCACGAUGUCCUUGGUACUAAGCCAAAACUGGUCCGUGACGAUCCCUGGUUGGAACCUUUUGCGCCUGCCAUUCAAGCUCGAAUGCAAAAAUUCAGUUCUUGGGUCAAACAGAUUGAUGAGACUGAAGGAGGACUUGAUAACUUUUCGAAAGGUUUCGAGCGAUUCGGCUUGAUACCUCAGUCUGAUGGAUCGAUCAUAUAUCGAGAAUGGGCCCCAGGAGUCGAAAAGGCGAAUUUGAUCGGAGAUUUUAAUGACUGGAAUCGCGAGGCUAAUCCUAUGGAGAAAAACGAGUUUGGAGUUUGGGAAUGUACGAUUCCUGCCAAGGGAGGGAAACCCUCGAUCCCACAUGGUAGCAAAGUCAAAAUUUCUAUGGUCACCCCUAGUGGAGAGAGAAUCGAACGAUUGCCAGCGUGGAUUAGGCGGGUCACCCAAGAUCUUUCCGUUUCACCCAUAUACGAUGCGGUGUACUGGGAUCCACCCGAAAAAUACGUCUGGAAAAACAAGGCGCCUGCACCAUUGAAGUCCGUCAAGGUUUACGAGGCUCAUGUUGGUAUCUCGUCUCCUGAGGGUCGAGUCGGAACCUACAAAGAAUUCACCGUGAAUGUCUUGCCGCGUAUCAAGGCACUGGGAUACAACGUGAUUCAAAUGAUGGCGGUGAUGGAGCACGCCUAUUACGCUAGUUUUGGCUAUCAGAUCACGAAUUUCUUCUGCGUUAGCAGUCGAUACGGGACCCCGGAGGAGUUGAUGGAAUUGAUCGAUGUUGCACAUGGCAUGGGACUCACAGUUUUACUUGAUGUCGUCCAUUCACAUGCAUGUAAAAAUGUCCUAGAUGGUAUUAACAUGUUUGAUGGUACCGAUCACUGUUAUUUUCACGAAGGAGCGAAGGGACGGCACGAAUUGUGGGACAGUCGCCUAUUCAAUUAUGGUAACCACGAAGUAUUGAGGUUUUUACUAUCGAAUUUGAGAUUCUUCAUGGAUCAAUAUCGGUUUGAUGGAUUCCGAUUUGAUGGUGUGACCAGUGUAUUGUACACCAGUCAUGGAAUUGGGACUGGGUUCUCGGGCGGUUACCAUGAAUACUUCGGGCCGGGCGUAGAUGAGGAAGGAGUGACAUACUUGAUGAUUGCCAACCAAUUGAUACACCAACUCAACCCUCAUGCCAUAUCGAUUGCUGAAGAUGUUUCUGGAAUGCCAGGCCUUUGUCGACCUACCGAAGAAGGUGGUGUAGGAUUCGAUUAUCGACUGUCUAUGGCUGUUCCCGACAUGUGGAUCAAGUUGUUGAAAGAGAAGAAAGAUGAAGAUUGGGAUCUGAACAACAUUUGCCAUACACUCACUAAUCGGAGAUAUGCUGAGAAAUCGAUUUGUUAUUGUGAGAGUCAUGAUCAGGCGUUGGUCGGGGAUAAGACAAUUGCUUUCUGGUUGAUGGACAAAGAAAUGUAUACUCACAUGAGUGAUAUGACUGAGUUCACCCCGGUCAUUGAUCGUGGACUUUCACUGCAUAAAAUGAUUCGACUGUUAACCCAUGCCCUCGGAGGGGAGGGUUAUCUAAACUUCGAAGGCAACGAGUUUGGCCAUCCAGAGUGGCUAGAUUUCCCUCGAGAGGGUAAUGGCAAUUCCUUUCAUUAUGCAAGACGACAAUGGAACGUAGUGGAUGAUCCAUUAUUACGUUACAAAUAUUUGAACAAUUUUGAUGCUGCGAUGAACAACCUGGAGGGAGAAUACAACUGGUUAUCCAGCCCUCAUACAUAUAUCUCAUUGAAGCACGAAUCUGAUCGAGUUGUAGCAUUCGAACGAGGAACGCUACUGUUCAUCUUCAAUUUUCAUGCAACGAAUUCCUAUACCGAUUAUCGAAUCGGUGUUGAAUGGCCAGGUCAAUACAAGGUGGUUUUGUGUAGUGAUGAAAAAUCAAGAUUUGGUGGACACGAUCGAGUUGAUCUAAAUUCAAGAUAUUUUACUACCAACCUCGAAUGGAACAACCGAAAGAACUAUCUUCAGGUUUAUCUUCCCACUAGGACGGCACUUGUUCUUGGCCAAGUUUGAAUGAACUUGUCUCCUAAAAAUUGCGGACAAAAUUAAUGAAAGUUCUCCUCUUUGAUCUUCAGAAUGAACAUUGAUCAAUGAGGUGAAUCGGCAUACAAAUACCAUCAGCAGUUUUCUGUUUCUUGCACUCUGUCUCUGAUGAUCAACCCUUGGCUGUCUAGACACCCAGUCAUAAUUUAUCUCUUUUUGUCACAUUUCAUCAUCUUUGAAUUCCUCUCGAGGACUCCGGUGUUAUGUGUUACGCUUGGUUUUAGAGCGAUCAGUGAAAAAAUAGCAAAAUGAUGUAUUUACUUUUUGUUGUAUAACGCGUGCGACUCCUAAUAUGUUGAUAUAACUUUUAUUAUCAUAUCAUGACUCUAGUUCACUACGGUUCCUGUUGUGUUCCUGGCACCCAUUGAUUUGACACUGAUCUGACGAUGGCAAUCAAAUCACCCGGGCAACGUAAUAAGCUGCUUGGAGAUGAAUGUUCUAAACAAAGAAAAUAGCGGACAAGUUAUCAGGAUUCAAGCUCUUAUAAAUACCCCAGGUUGCGACUUUAAGCGUGUGCAACUUCUUUACUUCUUUUGUAGCAAGGAAACACUUGUGGACGCGCGUAACUGGCACACAAGAUCGCUUUAAUCUCUUUCAUGACGG